AUGCAGAUAAAGUACUUGAAGACGCUUAUGCCUCCUCAGGACGGGGCAGCCAAGGUGGUGGCCAUGGCGUGGUCGCCCAACAACAUCAAAUUGGCCGUCUGCACGGCGGACAGGGUCGUGCUGCUUUUCGACGAGAUGGGGGAGCGCCGCGACAAGUUCUCCACCAAGCCCAUCGACUCCAAGUACGGGAAGAAAAGCUACGUGGUCAAGGCCAUUUGCUUCUCUCCAGAUUCAGCCAAGUUGGCUGUUGCGCAAACUGACAACAUCAUCUACGUCUACAAAAUAGGAGAAGAGUGGGGCGAGAAAAAGGUGAUUUGCAACAAGUUCAUCCAGCAGAGUGCCGUCACGUGCAUGACUUGGCCCCACCACGGCCCCAUCGUAUUCGGACUCGCCGAGGGAAAGGUACGGAGCGCCAACGUCAAGACGAACAAGUCGUCUACCUUAUAUGGCACCGACUCCUAUGUCGUCUCUGUGGUCAGCAGCAUCUCGGGCAAAGGCAUCCUCUCCGGACAUGCUGACGGGAGCGUGGUACGAUACUUCCUCACCGAUGACGACAGCGGUGAAGUUCAGGGCAAAGUGCUGACGCACCCAUGCCCACCGUAUGCGCUGUGCUGGACGGAGCAGUCCAUCAUGGCGGCUGGCUGCGACAAACGUAUUGUGUUCUACGCUCCCCGGGAGGGUCGUGUGCAGCAGCAGUUCGACUACAGCCGGCAACCAGACGAGCACGAGUUCGCCGCGGCAGCAUGCAGCCCCGGGGGACACGCCCUGGCUGUCGGCAGCUAUGACAGAGUCCGUGUGUUCACGUGGAGCAGCAACAAACGAGCCUGGGACGAGGCGAAGCCGAAGGAGCUGCAGAACGCUUACACCAUAUCCAGCCUCGCUUGGAAGCGAGACGGAUCAAGGCUCGCCGUGGGAACGCUGUGCGGCGCCAUUCUGAAUUAUGAUUGCAGCCUACGCAAGACACUCUACAACAACAAAUUUGAAAUUACCUUUGUGGGGCCGAGUCAGGCCCUUAUUGUGAACCUGGCGACGAAAACGAAGAGCACGCUCAAGUCGCAAUACGGUCACGAGAUUCAGGAUAUAAAAAUCCUGGGCAGAGAUCGCUACCUGGUGGCGUACACGGCGGCCACGCUGUUGCUCGGCGAUUUGCUCCAGGACAAGUUCUGUGAGGUCUUCUGGGAAGGAACCUCGAGGAACGAGAAGUUUUACUUUGAAACCGAAAAUGUAUGCAUGAUUUUCAAUGCUGGUGAACUGUCCCUGGUAGAGUAUGGUCACAACGAGAUCCUUGGUUCGGUGCGCACAGAAUUCAUGAAUCCUCAUUUGCUAAGUGUGCGUCUGAACGAACGAAGGCGCCCAGGACAACAAGAGCCUGCGGACAACAAGAAGCUAGCCUAUUUAAUUGACUUGAAAACGAUAUUCGUAGUGGACCUGGUGACGGGCAUGACGCUGGCUCAGGUACCGCACGACUCCAAGAUCGACUGGCUCGAGUUGAACGAGACCGGACAGAAGCUCCUCUUUCGGGACAGACGGCAACGACUCAGCCUGUUCAACAUUGCGUCACAAGACAAAGUAACACUUCUGAAUAACUGCACGUUUGUACAGUGGGUUCCAGACAGCGACGUGGUGGUGGCUCAAGGCCGUAAUGUCGUCUAUGUCUGGUACAACGUGGAUGCCCCUGAGAGAACCACCACCAUUCCUAUCAAGGGUGAAGUAGUAGAUAUUGAACGUGAGGAUGGAAAGACUGAAGUCAUUGUCAACGAAGGUCUCACAACAGUCGGCUACCCGCUGAAAGAAGGUCUCAUCGAAUUUGGCACAGCAAUCACUGAUGGCGACUUCGGUCGAGCAGUGGCUUACCUGGAAAGCCUUGAGCUCACAGAGGAGACCGAAACCAUGUGGCGCACACUAGGACAGAUGGCGCUCGAGGAGCGCCUCGUGGCCGUGGCCGAGCGCUCGUAUGCCGCUCUGGGCGACCUUGCCAAAGCGCGCUUCCUGGCGCACGUCAUGCGCCUCCAGGAAGAGGCCGCAAAAGCCACGGGUCAGGACGGCCACGACCACUACGAAGUGAGGGCGAGGAUCGCCAUGCUGGAUAAGCAGUUCAAGCUCGCCGAAAACAUCUACCUUGAGCAGAAUAAAGUUGAAGAGGCAAUGGAGAUGUACAAAAAUAUGCACAAGUGGGACGAGAUGAUCCAGCUGGCCGAAGCAAGAAAUUAUCUCAACGUCGACAAACUCCGAGAUGACUAUUUUGAGUGGCUUUUGAAUAACGGCAUGGAAGGAAAAGCAGCCGAGUUGAAGGAGAAAGAGGGCAACGUGGAAGAGGCAGUGUCGCUGUACCUGAAGUCCGGUCUCCCGGCCAAGGCUGCUCUGGUUCUGCGCUCUGUGCCGGGAAUCGGGCAGCAGCGGCACCUGGCCGAACGCGUCAUCGCGGCGCUUACCCAGUCCGAGCUGUACGAGUACGCUGGCAGCCUCCACGAGCAGCUCGGCGAGCACGCUAAGGCUCUACAGUGCUACCGUGCGGGACACCACUACGCAAAAGCCGUGGAACUGUCUCGGCAACGGAACCCCAUCGACGUGGUUGCUCUUGAAGAAGAGUGGGGCGAGUACUUGGUUUCGCAGAGGCAGCUGGACGCCGCCAUCAACCAUUUUAUCGAGGCAGGGAAGACGGUGAAAGCUCUGGACGCAGCCAUCAACGCACGGCAGUGGAAAAAAGCUGUGCAGAUCAUCGAGGUGAUCGACGACACACCUGAAAUAAACCAGUAUCAGAGCAAGCUGGCUCAACACUUCCACGCGACCGGAGACUUCGAGAUGGCGGAACACUUCUACGUGGAAGCUGGGAAGAUAAAAGAGGCAAUCGAAAUGUACAAUAGUGCCGGAAAGUGGGAUAAAGCACUGAAGCUUGCCAAACUCCACCUGAGACCAGAAGAUGUGACGUGCAUGUACACGGAACAGGCGUCGGAGCUCGAGCAACAAGGAAAAUUGAGAGAGGCUGAAAAGCUUUAUUUGUUCAUCGAGCAACCUGAUUUGGCCAUUGCGAUGUAUAAGAACUAUCGUCAGUAUGACAACAUGAUGCGUGUGGUCAAAGAAUUUCACCCAGACCUCCUUUCAGAUACCCACUUACACCUCGCUAAGGAGCUAGAAAAUGAGGGCAACUACCUGCAAGCCGAAGCGCACUACCUGUCGGCGAGUGACUGGAAGGCGGCCGUUAACAUGUACCGCGGGAACGACAUGUGGGAAGAAGCCUAUGCCGUGGCCAAGAAGCAUGGUGGUCCCGUUGCCUGCAAGCAAGUGGCUUAUCUCUGGUCCAAAAGUCUCGGUGGUGAUUCAGCUAUACGGCUGCUCACAAAGCUGGGCCUGCUUGAUAGCACAAUAGACUAUGCCGCCGAAAACUGUGCCUUCGAAUUUGCGUUCGAGUUAGCGCAAGCAACAGCGAAGCACAAGAUUCCAGACAUUCAUCUCAAGUACGCGAUGUUCCUUGAGGACGAGGGCAAGUUCCACGAAGCGGAGCAAGAAUUUAUCAAGGCCAACAAGCCCAAAGAAGCAGUGCUCAUGUACGUGCACAACAAGGACUGGGACAGCGCCAGGCGAGUGGCUGAAGCUCAUGACCCGGAAUCUGUGGUGGAUGUGUCCAUCGGUCAGGCGAGAAUCGCCUUUCAAGCUGGCCACUAUCAGCAGGCAGAGUCACUGGCCCUUCGAGCCGAAAGGCCGGACCUCGUCAUUAAGCUGUACAAGGACGCGGGCAUGUGGAACGACGCUCUUCGCAUCUGCAGAGACUACAUACCAUCGAAGAUGAUGGAGCUUCAAGAGGAAUACGAUAACCACAUGGACACAAAGGGAUCACGAGACGCUGACGCCCUGCUUGAGCAGGCUCAGGAGUGGGAACGAAAUGCUCAGUACGAACGAGCAGUGGACUGCUAUAUGCGCAUGACACCUCAAAACGUAACAAACGUCGACAUGCUCGAAAAAUGCUGGGUGAAGGCGGCCGACCUUGCCCUGAAGUUCCUAGAUGAGCAGAAGGCGGACAAGAUACUGAAGAACGCCGCCCGUAUGCUGCUGGAUAUCAAAAAGCACAGCUCGGCAGCCCAGUUGUUCCUCAGCAUGGAGCUGGUCAAGGAGGCCGUAGAGGCCCUGAUCGCGGGUGGUGAGUGGAGCAAGGCUAAGAAGGUGGCCCAAGAAUUCGACCCAGGGCUGGAGGAACAUGUGGACCAAGAGUACAAACGCUAUCUGCGCAGUCACGGCCAGACAGAUCAGUUGGCUAAUGUCGACAUCAUUGCCGCUCUGGACCUGUACGCCGAGAAAAAGCAAUGGAAGAAGUGCCUAGAAAUGGCCGAGCAGCAGGGACAGCAGGUGCUGCACAAGUACGUGGCACUGUGUGCCAGCCAGCGAAUCCGCGACGGGUCGCCGCUGGACGCUUUGCGCCUGUACGCCGACUACGGAGCACCGGCUCUGGCUCAGAACUUCAACAUCUACCGACAUAUCACUGCUAGCGUGUUCGCACUGCCAAGCCUGUACGGGGCGCACGCGUACCGAACCUGGUCAGAACUCAGGGACGUCCUGUACGAUCUCGUGAAAAACCUGGAAUCCAGCCACCAAGACGUCAGUGACUUUGAAAAGUUACUACUUAUCAGUAGCUACUACGCCACACGAUCAGCAUGCCAGGGACAGGAAACCCUGGCUGAGCACGCCAUGAAGAUCUCCGUGUCCCUACUGCGCUACAUAGAGCACAUUCCUCCGGAUAAGGCAUUCUACGAAGCAGGACUUGCUUGCAAGACGAGGAAUAAAGAGGCAAUGGCUUUCGUUUUCUGGAACCACUACCUGGACAUUUGUGAGGCAAUCGAGGAAGGGUCACUGGACACGUUGGACCAUUCAGACUUCCAGAACACCGACAUCCCAUUCGAAAUUCCUCUUCCAGAGAAGAUGUUCCUCGAUGAGGCACAACACGAGGAGGUCAAGGAAUGGGUUCUGGCCAUCAGCAUGAAUCAGAGCGUAGAGCAGGCGCUGCCCAUGGAUGAACAAGGGUUCUACGAGGCAUCACUCGAGGGCCCCAAGGGCACUUUUCGCGCCUCGGCAUGUCUUAUAACCGGGUAUCCUGUGCUUGAAAACAAGGUCCAGUUUCAAAAACCAGGAAUAGUCUGCAACAAGGACGACUGGAACAAAUUCCUGUUGGCUACAAAACUUUCACGCAGUGCAGAAUGUCAAGAUGUCUUGAAGUUCAUCACGCAAUGGGCUGGAGGUGCACCAAAUCUCAGCUAUUCUUUCCAGUAGACGGAUCGCUUAGGUUUCGCCAA